AUGAUUGCUGAAGUUGGUAAUGAAAAAAUCUUAGCUUUACUAUUAUUUCAUAAAGCUGAUGUAACAAUUAAAGAUAAAUAUGGUGAUACACCAUUAUUAUUAGCACAAAAAAAUCGUAAAGUUGAUUCAGUUGAAAUGAUACAAAAUGAAGUUGAACUUCGACAACAAGUUCGACAAGAAACAGAAAAAAAAUUACUUGAUGCUUGUUUUGAUGGUGAUGUAGUCAAAGCAGAAGAAUGUCUUGCUCAUUUGGGUGCACAAGCUAAAGCGGUAUUAAAUUCAAGUCCAAAUGGAAGUGAUACAUUGAAUUUUUUGUAUAGAGCUUGUCGAACAGGCAAUGUUGAUUUAGUAAAAUUAUUAUUAAAACAUGGAGCAAUAGCAAAACCUCAUCGUCAAACAUCAUAUUCUCCACUUUAUAUAGCUUGUCGAAUUGGAAAUCUUGAUAUUGUUCAAAUGCUUCUUACUCAUUUUCCACAUUUAGUUUCUGUUGCAACACUCGAACAAAUUCUUCCAUUUGCUGCUGCUUGUUCACAAGGUCAUUUAUCUAUUGUACAGCUUUUAUUAAAUUAUCCCAAUUAUCCAUUUUCAUCAUGUAAUAUUUAUGUUGAUCGUUUACAACGAUCAUAUGUUUUUCCAUUUAAUCUCAAUGCACAAGAUUUAAAUGAACAAACAAGUUUAUAUUUAUCUGCUCUUGGUGGAUAUGUUGAUGUUGUUGAAUAUCUUCUUUCAUUUCGUGUUCAUGCUUUAACUACGCAAGAAGUUGAAUUAUUUAAACGUCGAUCAACACAUAGUUAUUUUACUUCUGAAAAUUCUAUAGCAACUCUAUCAGAAUUUAAUGCAACACUUCAAAAAACUAAUUCAUCAUUUUGUCCAUUUAAUCUUGAUGUUUAUUCAAAUAAUGGUCGAACAGCUUUACAUGAAGCUAUUGAACAACAAAAUUUUAAAUUAGUUCAUUUACUUAUUUCAAAUGGUGCUAGUGUUAAUUUACCAUAUGAAGAAAUUUCUAGUCGACCAUCCAAUGAUGACCAAUGUUUUAUAACACGUUCAACAGCAUUAUCAAGUGUGUGUCGUCUUGGUAAUGUUCAACUUAUUGAAUAUCUUAUGAAUUCUGUUGCAACCGAUAAAGAAUUUCUUGCAUUUAAUUCAUGUAAACAGUCUUAUCUUAUUGGACAUUUACUUAAAUAUCGUGCUUUACAAGAUAAUGAAUUUAAAUUAACAAAACGACAAUUAACAUCAAAUAUUUUAUAUUUAUUUGAUGAACAAUUUUGGUUAACUAUUGAUUUAACUAAAAUUUGGAUUAAUACAAAUGAUGAAAAAAAAGAUGACAAUAAUAAUAUAGCCGAAUCAAAUUAUUCUAUUGAACCUAUAUUAAAACGACGUUCAAGUAAACGAUAUCAAAUUUUAACAACAAGUUUUGAACAUAUUAAAACACAUUUUACAACACAUUUUACAACACGUUUACCUUCCACAACAACAAAUCAUAUACCAUCAUCAUCUAUUCCAUCAAUACCAGUUGGUAUUCAAUGGCAUCAUUAUGGUCCAUUGAAAACUCUUGAUCCAUUAUGGUUUAUACAAGCAUCAAUAUUUGUUAAUAAAGAUAGUUUUACUCAAUUAUCAGAUAUAACAAUAUCAAAUCGUCAUUUACUUUUUCAUUGUAUAACACGCAUUGAUUUAUCAUAUAAUUCAUUAGAAUAUUUACCAUCAUUUCUUUUUCAAAUGUAUUCAUUAAGAAUAUUAAAUGUAUCAAAUAAUCAAUUAGGUGAAUUACCAAAUGAUAAUAAUAUUUGGUUAUGUCAUCAAUUAACUGAAUUAGAUGUUUCACAUAAUGCUUUAGCUUCUUUACCACCAGCUAUGUUUCAACUUCGUUCAUUACAAAGAGCUUAUGCAGCUCAUAAUCAACUUCAAUAUUUGCCUGUUGAAAUGUGGUCAGCACCAAUGUUAACUGAUCUUAAUGUUGCUAAUAAUUCAUUAAAAGAAUUACCAGCACCAACUGUUGUCAUCAUUAAAAAUGCUGAGAAAACAGGACGUCAUAUGACAUCUCGACAUUCAACAAAUCAAAAUCGAACAACAAGUGAAUUUCGUUCUCAAAUUCCUAUGAAUCCACCAACUAAAUUAAAUAUUAAUGAAACAAAAUCUCCAACAAUAUCAUCAUCAAUAACAACAGCUAAUUUAUCAAUUUUUUCUGUAACACCAUCAGCUCCACCUCGUUCAACAACUUUUGCUGAAAUAACAACAACAACAAAUAAUAAUAAUAAUAAUAAUCUUCCAUCACCUGAUGAUGAUGAUGAACUUGAACGAAGAUCAAAAUUAAAAAUAGCUUAUGAAAAUUCAACUUCAUGUCCAUCAUUAUGUAGUCCAGUUAAACGUUUAUGUCUUUGGCAAAAUCAUAUAACUCAAUCAGCUAAUGAUGAUCAACAACCAGGAUCAAAUACAAAAUCUUCAUCAUCUUCUUCUUCUGCAUCAAUAAUAAGUCGUUUAAAUAAUUUAAAUUUAUCUUAUAAUCGUUUUGAAGUAUUACCACCAAUGCUUUGUUGUCUUGUACCAUAUUUAACAUCAUUAAAUCUUUCACAUAAUCUUCUUACUGAUUCAUCAAAUAUAUCAUCAUAUCCAUCACGUUUAAAAAUGCUUGAUUUAUCAUUUAAUCGUUUGCAACAUAAUAUUUUAAUUGAAACAUUAACAACAACAACAAUAUCUCGACGAGAAAAAUCCUAUAGAAAAAAUCGUCAAUAUGAUAUAACAUCAGAAAAUAUUUGUUUUCGACCUGAAUUAAAAGAAUCAAAUACACAAAUUGACAUAACAAAAAGACGUCGAAGUCGAUCAGUAUCUCGUCAUAAAGUUCUUACAUCAACAAAUUUAACAAUGGGAUUAAAUUCUAUGUUAAAAUCUGAUCAACAAGAUCAAUGUUGUAUUCAUCGACGUCAUACGAAACUUGAAUUUUUACAUGAUCUCAAUUUAAGUGAUAAUAAAAUCAAUGAAUUAACAUUAUUAAAAUCAACAACAAUUCGUAAUUUUCCAAUUCUUGAUAUAUCCGAAUGGAUAUAUGAAAAAACACCUCGUGCAUUGUUAGGUCCAAUUACAUUUCGAACUUGGGAUUUUGGUGGACAGCAUGAAUUUCAAUCAAUUUAUCAAUAUUUCUUUACUCGACGUACUAUGUAUUUAAUAUGUUGGAAAAUGACUGAAUAUGAUAUGAAUGAACAAAUCUUUGAUACAAUACAUAAUAUUUUAAUAAAUAUUCAAACUGUUGCACCUGGUUCAUCUGUCAUUCUUGUUGGUACACAUCAUGAUCAAAUAGUUAAAUUAAAAAAUUAUCGUCAAUUAUCUGAAAAUUUUCAAUCAAUUAUCUAUAAACGUUUUAUGGAUACAUCACAAAGUGAAAAAUUAGGUUAUCCGAAAGUUCUUGAAUCAAUUGAAAUAAGUAGUAAAACAGGUUACAAUAUAAAACAACUUUGUACAUUAAUAUAUGAUAUUGCUGGACAAUUAUUAGUACCAAAUAGUAAAGAUCAAAAUAUAUUUCAACAAAGAAUACCAGCAAAAUAUAUUUAUUUGGAAGAAGCACUUGAAGAAUAUCGAAUAAAUAAAAAAAUAUCAAUGUUAAAUGAUAAAGAAUAUCAAGAAUUAAUUAAGGAAAUAUCUCAACAGAAAAAUCAUGUUCAAUUUCGUGAUUAUGUUGAACUUCAACAAGCAACUAAAUGGUUACAUGUAAAUGGUAUAAUUGUACAUUUUGAAGAUACGUUAUUAUCUAAUUAUUAUUUUCUUGAUCCACAAUAUUUGGCAGAAUUAUUAGCACAACUGAUUGCGUCAGAACAAACAAAUGGUCUUUCAAGACAUGGUAAUUCUUUAUAA